AGAGACUAUCCAGGUUGUGGCUGUAAUUCCAGCUCUGAUUUGACUGUCAUGCAUCAUGGGCAGACUAUUGGCAAAGGGCGCCCCUCUGCCACAGAGAUCAAUCAACAACCUCCGCGACUUCUCAUCGUGCACAUUGCUGUACCAUCCUGGGCUGACAUCUGCUCUAACCUUUGUGAUGCUCUGCAGAACUUUUUCUCACUAGCCUGCAGCUUGAUGGGCCCCAAUCGCAUGUCUCUGUUCAGUUUAUACAUGGUACAAAAUCAACAUGAAUGCAUCCUCCCAUUUGUGCAAGUGAGAGGGAACUUUGUUAGGUUGCAAGCCUGCAUCUCAGAGCUCCGCAUGUUACAGAGAGAAGGUUGUUUCAGACCACAGAGCAUUUCUCUACAGCUGGCAGUAGAGGAUGGGCUCCAGCAGUUCAAGCAAUAUAGCAGACACAUGAGCACAGGUGCUACUCUGCCCUACACUUCCCUGGAGAUUACUGUCCUAACAUCCCAGCCUGGAAAACAAGUGGUCAAGACAUUGGAGGAAGGGUUGAAAGAUAAAGACCUACUUAGAGUCAGGAGGCUUCAAGUUGUUGAGGUCGUAGAAGAUACGGAAUCAGCGUCUCCUGUUGAUGAGUCUGGCAUUGAUGAGAUUUUUACCCUGGAAACUGACAUUGACCUUCAGACUAUAGAAAAUGAUGUUGUCAGCAUGGAAAUUUUCUUCAAAGCUUGGCUACAUAAUAGUGGAACAGACCAAGAACACAUCCAUCUUCUUCUUCCAUCACAGUGUUUCAGUGCCCUUCCCAGAACCAGAGAUAAUCCAAUGUGCCUGAAAUGUGAUCUCCAAGAACGACUUAUCAGUCCAUCCCUGCUCCCUGGUACAGCUGAUGGCUCUUUGAGAAUGGAUGACCCCAAAGGAGACCUCAGCACAGUUUACCAGAUGGCCUCCCAGUCAUCAGCUUCCCAUUUCAAGCUCCAAGUGAUCAAGGCUCUGAAAUAUAGUGGAUUCUGUGAGUCAUUGACAUAUGGACUUCCCUUCAUCCUUAGACCCACGAGCUGCUGGCAGCUGGACUGGGAUGAGCUGGAGACAAAUCAGCAGCAUUUUCAUGCUCUGUGUCACAGCCUGCUGAAAAGAGAAUGGCUGCUGUUGGCCAAAGGGGAACCCACAAGCCUAAGACACAGCCAGAGAGUCCUUGCCAGUAGUUUCUAUGUGAUUAUACCAUCAUGCUCCCUCACACUUCUGGUGAAGGCAGUAGCCACUCGGGAACUGAUGCUACCCUGCCCCUUUCCCCCGCUGCCUGAUGACCCACCUGAAGACAGCCUUAAGAUUGUGGAGAGCAUGCUGGAUGGCCUGGAGCUAGAGUCCACCUACAACCCCCUGCAGGUUUGGAGUCACCUGUACUCACACCUGAGCAGCACCUUUGCCAAGCCUCAGGGACGGCUCCACCCAAGCUGGGAGAGCCGGGGCCCAAGAAAGGCUGGGCAGCUGCCAACCAACCGAGUUCGAGCUACAGUGGUCCCCCUGCCAGUGACUCCAGCCCCAGGCAGAGCCCCUAAGAUGCCACCAGCCAGCAAAUCUUGCUCAGAAGACUUCUUCCUGCUUUCGGAACCAGAGGAAGAAUAUCCCUCCCAGUCCUGAGUCACAGCCACCAGAGCACAGCACCCUGUUCAACCACGCCUAACCCAAGGCUUACAAAGUAACUCUGUGAUCAGAUCUGCCUUCCAUCCACCUAAGCUCCUCUGAGUUCAAACGGACCAGACCGAUGACGGAGAAACAGAACCUCCCCUUCCUCUAUCCUCACUGCUGCCCUACCCUUCUCCACAAACCCAAGCCUGUAGCUUCU